UGUCACGCGACUCGCCCUACAAGUCAAUAAUUCCUUGUGCCAUUUUCGCUGGUGCUGCUACAUAUCUGAGUCGAGUCAGAUAGCGUGCUGGAUGUGCUCUCCAGCAUUUCCAGCCUUCCCCAGCGAGCCGAGCUCAGCCACGUUAUCGAUGUCUUCAUGGAGGCCAUCUCCAUGGUCGCAUCACUGACGGUGUCCCCAACAACACCGGUUGACACGUCGAAGCCAUCAAGUCAUGUGACGCAAUUGUUGAAAGCAUCGAUUAAUAAUCGCGCAACGUGGAGCCGACAUCAGGGUGCGGGCAGCCCAAAUCCACCGUUGGUUGAUGUGGCGCACGCUGCUUCCUUCAACUUGAUCUUCCUUCACCUAUCUAUGGAACAACAGCGAAAGCUGGCAAGUCCGCGCGAGAGAGCUUGGACUCGUUAGGCGAGAUGAUGGCAUCGACGGCGUGGGGGCAAUCCGCUCUUACCGCUGUUUGGCAGCUCGCAGAAAUUUAAUGCCUUAUGGUUAGUACAGUCGAACAUGCCUUUUAAUAAAAGGAUGUUAUUCGAAACCCGUUCUUAUCCGGAAGACCUGAUUGAGCGCCUGGCACAAUACAAAACGUCGCCAUUGACCAUGAUGGCCACCUCACGUCCCUCGCGAUGGCUCUUGGCGGCGAUCGUCCUCGUUCUUUCAUGCUUAUUCACCUCGACGGUGGCGCAGCAAGACCUUCGUGAGACACGAUGUCCGCUUUGCGAUAUGGACGUCAUCCCGACGCUCAAUCAGACGAUCCGAGGCAACCAAGCGAUAUAUGCGUGUGAAAUGGCAGGCCAUCUCGAUACCCUGCGCAAUCCCGCGAGCAAGGUCUUGCGGGGUGCGGUCGCCAUCUCGGCAAAGGACGUGCCAUACAAGAACGCAGCGAUGGAAUGCCCCGUUUGCGGCAUGACCGACCUGAAGUACGCCUUGCCGUGGGGAAACCGCGGCAACCAAAAGAUAUUUGCAUGCUCUGAAGCCCAUGCGAACCUCAUCCUGGCGAACCAGGAAGCGUACUACGAAGGCGCCGCCCACACACACAGCGGCGCCUUUUGCGAUCAUGCUUCCGUCAUGUUUGAUGGAUUCCAGACAUCAGUUGGCGGCACGUGUGUCAAGCUGUGGUUCCAGCCAUGGGUGCUGUCAUCGUCCGUGUCGUACUCACUGGGCUUUGCUGGCAUUGUUCUUCUCGGCAUCUUCCUCGAAUGGUUUGGCGAGUUCCGUGAAGGUGUCGAAGAGUCUUUCAUCCGGCGCUAUGGCAUCACAACGACGUCCAGUGCCGUGGUCGACUCGGCGUACCCGACGUCAGCGAUGACGUCGCUGAUUCGAUCGCAACAUGGGGCGGGCGGCGUCCAGUCCGUGCUCCAUUGCACCCUCCCGACGUGGUGCACCGUGGCGUUGACAGGGAUGUACAUGGUGGCGCUCGUCGCGGGGUACUUGAUCAUGCUCGUUGCCAUGGUGUACGACUCGGGGCUUUUUGUUGCCUGUAUUCUCGGCCUCGGCAUUGGGUUCUACCUCUUCAAAGACACGGAAGCUGACUCGAUGACCGGCAAUAUCGAUCCGUGCUGCUCGACAUAAAUAAGAUGCGUCUACUUGAGCUUAAUGCAUGCUGUGGGUGUCUAAAAUGGACUGAGCGGCGGCCUGUCCACCGCAAGCUAUCCACACUUUGCUCGUGCAGGGGUCGGGCCAGUAAACAAGCAUGCACGUGAUCGGAGCUGUUGUCGACCGCCA